AAAUUACAAUAUUUUCAAAAAUCUUUCAGGAACAGAGAAUAAUCGAUGACCAAUGUGUAAUGACCAUUGUUGAUUUAAGAAGCUACAGUGAGUUUUAAUGGCGUGUGUGAAGGAGGAGACUCUUACUCCAAAGGAGACUAUACAUCAGAAGUUUGGUGUUAAAGCAAGUUACAGAAUUGAGCAAGUUCAUGUCCCUUCUCAAAGUAGUUGUCUCUACCGAUGCCACUUGCAGCUACCAGAAUUUUCAGUUGUAUCAAAUGUCUUCAAGAAGAAGCAGGAUUCAGAACAAUCUGCUGCUGAAUUGGCUCUUGAGAAGCUAGGCAUUCACCCUCAUGAUGAUGAUGAUAUAACAUUGGGGCAAGCUUGGGAUGAUAUAGUUGAACGCCUUAAGUAUAUAUUCUCUGAUGAGUUUCUUUCAGAUGAUCAUCAUCCUCUUGGAAGCCACCUUAGAGCAUCAUUACUAAGGGAUAGUGAACGUCGUGGUUCACUUCCUCUCUCUGCCAUCGCUGCAUUUGAUGCAAAUAUUAACAGUCGCUGUAAAGUGAUCAAUCCUUCCGUGGAACAAGAUCCUAUAUUGGUCAUGUCUUAUGUCAUGAAGGCUGCUGCAAAGUUAUCAGACUACAUUGUCGUAUCUCCACACGUAGCUUCACUCCGAAAGAAAACUCCAUACCCUCCAGCAGUUGUAGAAGCACUGGCUACUCAUAGAGAAAGCAUCAAACUUGAGGCUGUAUAUAUACAAUGUGCCACUAGCGAUGAAGAGAUUGUUGAUCCUGUCAUACUUGAUAUCACAUCAGGCCGGUAUUACCUGGAUACUAUUGCUGAAAGGCUUGGUUUGAAAGAUAGCAGCCAACUGAUUAUAUCCAGGACAUUUGGUAAAACUUCAUCUGGCUAUGAAUGUAGAGUAUACUCUGCCAUUCCUAAACCGAGUCCUGAUAAAUCAUCAAAAUCAUAUGGAAAACUUCCAGCUGAUGAAGAUUAUCAUCAAUCAUCACAUUUUAAACAGCCUUGGAAUGCAAAAGCAAGUUCUGCUUGUAGUCAAGAUGUUCACGGUGAUGCCAUAGUGGCAGCUGUUGGUUACUCAUGGAGGUCCAAUGAACUUGAACAUGAUGAUGUAACAUUGAAGUCAUUUUACAGGAUAUAUUGCGGCAUGUCACCCAACGGAAUCUACAAAUUCUCCAGACAAGCAGUAAUCGCUGCGCAUUUACCUUUCUCAUUCACUACAAAGUCUAAUUGGAGAGGUACACUCCCCAGGGAGAUGCUCUCCAUGUUCUGCCGCCAGCAACAACUAGCUGAGCCUGUCUUCACUAUAUGUACUGCUCCUGUGAAACCACUCUCAGACAUAUUAAGAUCCUUCAAGAAGAUUAAAGACUCAGAGUCAAAUGAUGGCAACAAUCAGUGUGUAAAUGAGUACGCAGGAUCAGAUGAUUCCUACAAUCAUUACAACAGCAAGGAUGAAGAGGAGCUACCAGUGUUAGAGAGUGGGUAUAGAUGUGAUGUGAAGAUUCUCUCAAAGUCUCAGGACUUGGUUUUAGAUUGUUCACCAGGGAACUUGUACGAGAAGGAGAGCUACGCUAUUCAAAACGCUGCACUAAAAGCCUUAACAUGGUUUAGUAGCUUCUUUGAGGACCUGGAUGCUGACCCGGAACAGCCACGUUACACUAAUGGAGAGCUUAAUUGGAUGUUUCAACGGAAUAUUAUGAUAAAGGGGAAGUUUCCAAGUAGUAAAAGAUAUGAAGAGCCUAAGUAUAAGUCUAAGUCAAAGACCACGGAUAUGGAUCGCAAACGGAGGCGUGUUCGGACUAUACCAAAUGGUUCAAUGGUUAGUAUAUGUUAUUCUGUCUCUGUGCAGGUAGACUCUGACUUUUCGAAGACCGGUAAAUGUUUAAAAGAACUCAUAGAAAGCAAUGUAGAGAUGGAGUUUGAGGUAGGGGUUGGAUCCAUGAAUCCACAUCUUGAAUCAGUGGUUACUCAGAUGUGUGUGGGACAAUAUGCUUGUUUUAUGACUAAUAGACCUGCGGAAGGGUUAGUUUUGGCUGCUUCCAAUGAUACAGUGAGAACUCGUUCACUCUUAUCAGAACUCUGUGCACCUUUGGAAUAUAGUGUGCACUUGUUGGGAGUGAAAGGACCGACAGAGAAACGAGUGGAAGCAGUUUUUUUCAAGCCUCCACUUUCGAAUCAGCGUGUGGAAUAUGCAGUGAAACUUAUUAAAGAAUCAUCAGCUUCUACUUUGGUUGACUUUGGAUGUGGAUCUGGAAGUUUACUAGAGUCUUUACUUGAGGUUCCAACUUCACUUCAAACCAUUGUGGGCGUUGACAUCUCACAGAAGGCUCUUGCACGUGCUGCUAAGAUGCUACACUCAACGUUAAACAAGGGAGCUUGCAAACUUAAAUCUGUUACACUCUUUGAUGGUUCUAUACUCGAGUUUGAUUCCAGGCUGCAUGGCAUUGACAUCGCCACUUGCUUAGAGGUCAUUGAGCACAUGGAGGAAGAUGAAGCCUUUCAAUUUGGGAAAACAGUUCUUAGCUUGUUUCAACCCAAGCUUCUGCUUGUCUCCACACCAAACUACGAGUACAACAGGAUUCUUCACAAGUCUUCUUUGUAUCACUCAAAAGAUAGAUCCAUGUCACAGCGGUCAAAGUUCAGGAACCUUGACCACAAGUUUGAAUGGACAAGGGCACAGUUUAACCACUGGGCAUCUAAACUCGCCAAAAGCCAUAACUACAGCGUGGAGUUUAGCGGUGUUGGAGGGUCUGGUAAUGUGGAUCCAGGGUUUGCUUCUCAGAUUGCUGUUUUCAGACGGAAGUCUUUCUCUGAAGUUGAAAAGGUCUCAGUGCAGCAGCCUUAUAAAGUCAUAUGGGAGUGGACAAGAGUAGAGGGAGACAAAAAGUAUCAACCAGAACAGUCUUCAUCAAGUUUAUUGGUUUGUUAGGUGUGCUACUGCAGUUUAAAGUCUCUUAUCUUUAUUCCUUAUCACACUCUUGUUCUUGUUUUUUUUGAAUCAUGUAACCUACUUGAGUUUUAAAAUCUCCUAAACCCUAGUUCGACCAUUCUGGUUAUUUCACAACGUGUAAUGACCAAAACGUUGAUGGUUCCAUCCUCUUAAUGAUGGUUCCAUCCUCGAGUUUGACUCCAGGCUGCAUGACAUUGAAUUGUCACUUGCUUAGAGGUCCCCUCCUAUUAUGUUUUUUGUGC